AUGGCUUUCCCUCUCACUCCCUCAUCCGCCCCCGAAUUCACUGCCCAGCUCCAGCGGGUUGAGAUCUUGCACCAGCAAUUGAAGACCGAACAUGCACGUGCUCAAGAAUUUCUCGCUAAGCUAAGACGCGGAGAAGAGAUACAAGCACAAGCGCUACACUCACAGGCACCACCGCAGUCUGUGCAAACCCAAGCAACAGGCGGCCAGCAGAGACCGAAGCCAGCAGCAGUGAAUGGGGCUCACUCUGGGCAGGAAAGCAUGUGUUGCUGUCAACACCACCAGUCUAAGUCACUCACUGAGAAGGAGAAGAAAAUGGCAGAGGAGUAUAGAAAAGCGAGGUUGGGGUUACCGAUUCUGCCUCCUCUGCCUACACACGUUGAUGAGCGCGAGGUGCGAGAUUUGGAGAAGAGGGUUCGGGGUCUAGAAGGCCGCGUGAGAGGAUUCGAAGGGCUACCGCCAGACAGAGAGAUGGCAUUGCUAGAGGUAGAGAGACUGAGGAGGGAGCUGGAAGGAUUGGCGAGAAGGAGAGAGGGACUGUUUGCGGGCUUAGGACAAGUUGAAGAGAAAGGGAAGGCCGGAAGAGGCAAAGCGUAG